AUGCAACUCUUUUUAUUAUACGAAACAGCAGCAGGAUAUGCUCUCUUCGAAAGAGAAGAAUAUGAUGAGAUUGGUGGAGAAUUAGAACAAGUCCAGGCAGCAAUCGCCGAUUACGAGAGGUUUGCUACCCUACUCAAAAUGAAAGCCUAUCAGCCAUUUAAAACUGCUGAAGAAGCAUUAAAGAAUAUUUUUGCUAUCUCAAAAGGAGAAGUUACCGAAACACUCCAAGAAUUUUUGGAAAGCUACUUACCUAAAGUCAAGAGUAAGAAGAAGCAGAAAUUCCAGUUGGGUAUUGCAGACAAAAUCAUCGGCCCACAAAUUUCUGAGAAAACAGGAUACACUACUUCAACAAAUGAAACAAUCAGAGAAAUUUUCAGAGGAAUUAGAACCCACUUCAACAGAUUCUCAAAGAAGAUCACCGAGAGUGACAUCAAACAAGCACAGCUUGGUCUUGCUCAUGCUUUCAGUAGGAACAAAGUCCAACAUGAUGUAAACAGACAGGAUAAGCCAAUUAUCCAAGUAAUCGCUUUGAUUGAACAGAUGGAUAAAAAUAUCAACACCUUUGCCAUGAGGCUUAAGGAAUGGUUCUCUUGGCACUUCCCAGAGCUUGCUAAGAUUGUCACCGAUAACUCCAUUUAUGCCCAGCUCGUCCAUCUCAUCGAAAAUAGAGAAAACAUUAACGAAGCUUUACUUCCUAAAUUAGAAGAGAUCACUUUGGACGAAGAAAAAGCAAAGGAAAUCAUUGAGGCCAAUAAUGCUUCAAUGGGACAAGACAUCUCUGAGAAUGACACUGCCCAGAUCAAAAUGUUCUCUUCUAGGAUCGUCGAGAUGGCCAACUACAGAACAUCCCUCGGUGAAUACCUUCACAACAGAAUGCUCAAUGUUGCUCCAAAUCUUUCUGCUCUCAUUGGAGACAAUGUUGGAGCAAAGUUGAUCUCACAGGCUGGAUCUUUGGUAAACCUUGCUAAAUACCCAGCAUCAACCAUCCAGAUUUUGGGAGCUGAAAAGGCACUGUUCAGGUCUCUCAAGUCAGGAGGAAAUACUCCAAAGUAUGGUAUUAUCUAUAACAGUUCCUUUAUUUCAAGAGCUGGAAUUAAGAAUAAAGGAAAGAUCUCUCGUUAUAUUGCAAACAAACUCGCUAUCGCAGCCAGAUUUGAUCAAUUUGCUCUCAUUCCAAACACUAAGAUGGGAGAAGCCCUUAAGGAGCAAGUCGAGGAGCGUCUCAGGUUCUUCGCAUCUGGUGACAAGCCAAAGACCAACAGAGACGUCAUGGCUUCUGUUCUCGAAGAGCUCAAGGCUGACGGCCUCUAUGCCACAGCUGAAGAAACUGCUAAAGAAGAAGCUGAUCAAAGCGAGGAAGAGGAAGCUCCAAAGAAGAAGUCUAAGAAAGACAAGAAAGAGAAGAAGUCUAAAAAGAGCAAAAAGAGAAAGCAUUCCGAGAUGGAGGAACAAGACGUUGAAGCCAAAGAAACCUCCGAGAAGAAGAAAAAGAAGAAGAAGAGUAAGAAGGCUAAAGUUGAUGAUGAAGAAUAAAUUAAAAUACUUUCAAAACA